AUGAUUCACUUAGCUGAAGGAAAUAGGCAAAAGGAAGAGGAUGGAGGAAAUGUAGAAACUGAACUAAGAAAAUAUGGAGCUUCCUCACUAAAAUGGUUCUCGACAAGGGAGGGUACACCUACAAGCCGUUUAUGUCAUGCCAUUUUGAAACGAUUGAUUGAUGUCUUUAAAGUGGACGUACUUGAAAUCGUUCAUUCUCUGGAAAUUGCUUUCAUGAAAGAAUGGCAAACGAUUGACCCAACUAUGGAUAAUCAACCCCAUAAACAAUUAAGAGUUUAUGCCAACAAAAAACCCAAAGACAAAGAAUAUGUAUUGUCUGAAAUCGAAUUUGAGGCUAUAUGUCUUCGUAAGUAA